GAUUCCUCUUUCCACUUCACACACAUCUCCCUUCAUCAGCUUCACACACAGCGAAAGAGAAUCAGUGUGGUUUGAAUGUGGACAGAUAGAGGAUUCCAGUUGAACCUUUAUGAACUUGUAUUUUAUUAAGAAUGGAAAGAGGAUGGAAGCCCAAUGUGGAGAUUUGUCCACCAUGUCCUCGUUGUGGUUCAUCCAGUACGAAAUUUUGUUACUACAACAAUUACAGUUUGACUCAACCAAGAUACUUUUGCAAAGGGUGUAGAAGAUAUUGGACUAAAGGUGGCUCACUCAGAAACAUCCCCGUCGGUGGUGGUUGCCGGAAAACUAGACGAGCUAAGUCUAUUCGUAUCUCCGAUAUGGUCAACUCUCAGAGCUUUCAUUCCCAUGGUGGUGAUGGAACAACAGAAUACGGAGGUCGUGGUGGCAACAUAGACAAUCAUUGCAAUGGUAUAGGUGGUGGAUCGACGAUGGUGCAGCCUACAAAUAUUGAUCUCCAACAAGUUUACGCAAAUUUUCUAAAUCAAAGACCUCAAACUGUUCAUCAUGAACAAACGCAUGAUGAAGUUUUGCAUAGUGAAGUUGAUCCGAUGUUGUCAUUUGGGUUUCCAAACAUCCCGAAUAUGGAGAUGGAGUUUGGUGGGACUAAUUAUGGAUCAAAUCUGGAGAGUUUUUUAAGAGAUGGGAAUGGAAUGCAAUUUUGUGGGUAUAAUUCGGUUUUCAGUAAUAAUGAGGAAGAUCAAGAGAAAAACUACUUCGGUGCAAGUGGUAUAAGCAGUUGUGGGUUGCCGCCGUUGCCUGGAGAGGAAAUGGGGUGGUCGGAGUCAAAUAUUGGGUUCUCGGAACAUGUUUUGAGCUCAACGAUUGAACCGGAAGGCCAUGUUUCCGGUGAAUGUCCUGUGAAGAUGUUUGAUAUACCGCUGAAUUCUGAUACAAUUUUCAGGCCGUGAAAUAUAGUUAAUUAAAUGGGGUGUUGUAAAAUUUGAUUUUUCUGUGUUUUAUAUCUAUUGUAUUUUAUGUUGUAAUUAGAUGUACCUAUUGAUUGAAAUCGAUCGAAUAUAGAAA